AUACAGAGUAGUUAAAAAGUAUCUUAACGUUUUAGAUUGUGCACAGAGCAAAGUGUUUUAUUCUUUCCUGAGAAUAACCUUUGAUUUCACGAUAAUAAUUAAAGUGCAGUGACCAAUUACCAUUCAAGUUGGUAGCGCAACAAUAAAUUAGCUUGUGCAGAGAGCGAGCGCUUUGUGGCACGAGGGACUAGAUACACAAAAUCCCACCUGAACUGCUCUUUGCAUUCAGAUACAUUUUGGCUGUAAAUUAAGGGGAGCAAACAUGGAUGUGUAUAGUUUACCUGGACGUGUUGUCGCAUUGUGGAACGACUGGCAGCUUCGCUCAAUGAUUUUGCUAAGUCUCUGGCUGCAAAUUUUCCUCACCAUCACUGGCAGUCGACGAAAGUAUACAGCCGGAAUCUGGCUUGGGACGCUGGUUUGGCUAGCAUAUACGUCAGCUGACCCGUUGGCAACUCUUUCAUUAGGUACAAUUACUCGUAAUCAAGGGGGAUCGAAUUGUACCACUAAAAAUGAAAGCAUCACCCCGGCAUUUUGGGCAUCGAUGCUCCUUGUCCACCUUGGUGGUCCUUACACCUUUACUGCCUAUGCAGUAGAGGACAACGAACUGUGGUCGAGGCAUGUGCUUCAGCUAUUAACGCAACUUUCGAUGUCCUUUUAUGCAUCAUUGAGGUCAUGGUGGAGCAUGGAUCCGCUCAGAUAUUUAGCCAUUCCUAUCUUUAUUGCUGGAAUCAUGAAAUAUGGGGAGAGGGUUUUGGUUCUUUGGUUAGCAAGCUCCAACAAGUUUAGAGACUCCGCUAACGAAGAAAGGAAGCUUCUACGAGAUCAAUUAGAUAACAAAAUUCCACGCGAUGACUUCGAUAACAUGGAUGCAACAAGGUGCGAUAAAGUUUUGGGAUUUGAUCGCAUAAGACCGGAGGCAAAAUAUCUCCAUGAAGCUCAUUUCUUAUUCCGAACUUUGAAGUUACUAUAUGGAGAUUACCUAGUUACAUAUCCAACUCAUAUGAGCAGCUAUAUUAUUUUGAAGGGGAAGUGUGCUGCCAAAGCAUUCGAGUUGAUAGGAGUGGAGUUGGGUUUCAUGUUUGAUGUCCUUUUCACCAAGGCGAUGACUGGGGUUGGCUGGCGGCCUCGCCUCUUUCUCCGCUCCAUCAACUUUCUACUCUCUGUCUCUGCACUACUUGCAUUCUGGAUAAUGGCCAGAAACUCCAAAGCCUAUUCUGAAAUUGAUAUCACUAUAUCAUACUUGUUGCUAGGAGGAGCUAUUGUUCUUGAUAUUUUCUCAGUCAUUUGGAUGCUUCUCUCUGAUUGGACUAUGUUUUGGCUUAGCAAGAAAAGGGAGCCAUUGGCGGAGUCUAUUUGUCAAUUUAUUUAUUCUUCUCGGUGGCUGUCGUCUCUCAUUCAUAAAAAAAGGUGGAAAGAAUCUAUGAACCAACAUGCCAUACAUAAGCAUGUUGAGCAAAGUGUACCAAUGGGAAAUCUUAUCAGCAAGGGUCACAACUUUCGGAGAUGGAAAGAGGAUGUGGAUUGUUAUUUAAAGGAACUGAUCUUCAAACGUCUCUUAAAUAUGCGUUCAAGAUACAGUCGCCAAGAUGAUCAAAGGAUGAUAUUGACAGAGAGAGGUGAUCAUGCACUCAGAAAUAACGGAUGCUCUCAAAAAUUUGGUUGGUCUGUGGUUGAUAUAGACUUUCAUGAAAGCUUCCUAUUAUGGCACAUUGCCACUUGGUUUUGUCACGUAGGCCAUACUGAAUCUCCUCUUGUUAAAGUAAGCAGAUCUUUAGCUAGUUACAUGUUGUAUCUUCGGAGUGAUAUGCCGUUUAUGCUACCUAAAGAGAUGGGUGAAGCAAAGUACAUGUCAACCAGCGUAGAAGCCACUUUUCAAGUUGAAGAGGGAAAAACCGAAGGGUCAGUGCUAUCUGAUGGUCGCAACCUCGCCAGUGCAUUGGACUUGCUGGAGACAGAGGAUGGUUGGUCAGAUGAAAAAAAAUGGGAAAUGAUAUCUCAAGUGUGGGUGGAGAUGCUAACUUUUGCUGCGAUUCAUUGUGGAUGGAAAGAGCAUGCAAAAGCACUGAGUCAAGGAGGAGAGCUACUUACUUUUGUGGCCGUUCUUAUGUCUCAUCUUGGCGUAAAUGAGCAGUGUAUCUACAAGUAAUUAAUUACUUGGUACUUUUCAUAUGUUAUUAUUCCUUCGUCUUUUAUUUCAUUUGUUUACUUUGAUAAUAAGAUUUUUACUUGUUUGUGAUUGAUACGUUAUUAAAUGUACAAAGGAUUGAAUUCUCGGUUUCUUAAA